CGUUCCCCGCGGCAGGAAAGAGCCGAGCGGGCUCGAGGCCGACGCGACCAGAUUUCGUCGCCGCUGCCGCCGCCGCUGCUGCCCCACCGCUCUGAGAGGAGUCGUAGCCGCCGUCCCUGCCGCCCUCGCCGGCCACCAUGUCCGCCCAGGCGCAGAUGCGGGCCCUGCUGGACCAGCUCAUGGGCACGGCCCGGGACGGUUCAGUGUAUCUUUGCCUGCCUACAUCAAUCUGCAAGGGAGUUGCAGAAAAGCCUCAUGUUCAUCGAGCCGAGACGAAACCAGACAGAGGGUCAAGUUUACAGAUGACCGUGUCUGCAAGAGUCACCUUCUGGACUGCUGCCCUCAUGAUAUCCUGGCUGGGACGCGCAUGGAUUUAGGAGAAUGUACCAAAAUCCACGACUUGGCCCUCCGAGCAGAUUAUGAGAUUGCAAGUAAAGAAAGGGACCUGUUUUUUGAAUUAGAUGCGAUGGAUCACUUGGAGUCCUUCAUUGCUGAGUGUGAUCGGAGAACUGAGCUUGCCAAGAAGCGGCUGGCAGAGACGCAGGAGGAGAUCAGUGCUGAAGUUUCUGCGAAGGCAGAAAAAGUACAUGAGUUGAAUGAAGAAAUAGGAAAACUUCUUGCUAAAGCUGAGCAACUGGGAGCUGAGGGAAAUGUGGAUGAAUCCCAGAAGAUUCUUAUGGAAGUGGAGAAAGUCCGUGCGAAGAAAAAAGAAGCUGAGGAAGAAUACAGAAAUUCCAUGCCUGCAUCCAGUUUUCAACAGCAGAAGCUGCGUGUCUGUGAGGUCUGUUCGGCCUACCUUGGUCUCCACGACAAUGACCGUCGUCUUGCAGACCACUUCGGGGGCAAGUUACACUUGGGGUUCAUUCAGAUCAGAGAGAAGCUUGAUCAGUUGAGGAAAACUGUGGCUGAAAAGCAGGAGAAGAGAAACCAGGAUCGACUGCGGAGGAGAGAGGAGAGAGAGCGGGAGGAGCGCCUGAGCAGGAGGUCUGGAUCCAGAACCAGAGAUCGAAGGAGGUCACGAUCCCGGGACCGGCGUCGCAGGAGGUCCAGAUCUACCUCCAGGGAGCGACGAAAGUCAUCCCGAUCCCGGUCCCGAGACAGACACCGGCGCCACCGCAGCCGUUCCCGGAGCCACAGCCGGGGCCACCGCCGGGCUUCCAGGGACCGGAGUGCGAAAUACAAGUUCUCCAGAGAGCGGACGUCGAGGGAGGAGUCCUGGGAGCACGGGCGCAGUGAGCGAGGGGCCGCUGACUGGAGGCUGGAGAGCUCCAACGGGAAGACAGCUUCGCGGAGGUCGGAGGAGAAGGAGGCUGGCGAGAUCUGAACCCACAUCCGGGCCUGUAAAUAGUCUGACGAACAUUGGACACAGCCUAAAGUUACCCUUUAUAUUUGCUGGAUACAACUCCUCUUUUGUAGUUACAGUUUCUAUUGUUGGGAGCUAGCUGUGGGGUUCUAGAGAUGUACAGAAUUGCUCCUGUGUUCUGGGUUAUGUUGAGUAGGAAUAAAUAAAUCUGAUGGACGGCCUCCUA